AAAAAUGUUCUCCACCAGAGUACCCCUUUAAUGCUUCUCCAGCUUUAUUAAAUGGACAGUAGCAGUUUUUGCCUGGUCAAACUUAAACCUGACAGACCCCAUUAGAGUCAACAGGAUCUUUUGGGAUCCAUUGGGAACAGUUGGUAUCUGUUUUCUGGUGCCAAACAGAGCCUCCUUGAAGCCGAAUGGAGUCGGGGCCUCAACACAAGUGUGAACCCAGCCUUAGUUAAUCGCUACAGAUAGCAGCUACCAUGAUACUCUGUAAAUGAAUCUGCCCAUGAUUACACUUCAGAGGAGUUUGCUUUGCCAGGAAACCCCACUUUUGGAGCUAAGGAUGGGUUACAAAACAAAUGCUAAUGUGCCCUAGCAUUGGCAGUGCCCCCGGACUAGACUGCCUACAGGUGUAUAAAAAUAACUGGUAGAGAUGGAGCAGCAGCACGAGAGUUUUAAUAAUGCCACAACAUCAUGCACGGAAAAACAAGCUGCAAAGGUGGGAGAUGGCACUAAAGAGGCAAAGUGCUGGACUCACUAUAGCAUGUGUCAACAAAUAGACCCCACCUUAAAGUGGACUAAAUGUCACAGAACAGGGGAAUGAUAGAUGGGUAUACAGUAUAAGGUAAAUUGUGUGCGUCACUAGGCCGGAACAUUCAUCCUGCCAAUUUUAUGCACAGGGCACACAGACUUCAUGGGAAAGAGCACUGUGUGAGUGUACGGAGACCAGGCUGUGACGCGUGUGGCUCAGCUAGAUCCCAGUAAACACAGUGCUCUUUUCCCUGAAGCUACACAGCCAUCCUAUUUGUGAUAGCCUGAGGGAGUUGGGUAUGGGGAGUGUAGCUGUGUGGUGACUAAAGGGUGCUUGUUAACCUUUGCUAUUCGUGACGCCAGGGUGAGGGCUCCUCAGUAAUGCUUGUCCUACCGCCACCCUUCCCAAGAGCGAUAGGGAGGUAGAUAAUAAUGGAAUGUCCACAACCGGAGAGUUUUCUGAAACAGUUGUAACUUUUACUGAAGAUUUUAUGCAAGCUCAUUAACCGGAACAGUUGCUAUACAUGCAAGCUUUCUUUGGAGAUUGACAAAGGUUGGGACUUUAGCAAUUUAGAGUCUUUAGGAUAAUAUGCGCUGUUCCACUGGAUUUAGGGGAUUUAGUUGCGGUCCAGUAGUCACGCUAGCUUUAGCGGGGGUAGUUUAGAACUCACGGUUUAAGUUCCGCUGAGGCCGGUAGGUUUUUAAGGCCUAGCGUGUCUUUGCAAGUUUUUACGCAGAUCCGUCCUGCUAGUCCGGCAUCCAUGAGAGCAGUAACCCAAGACAGCGAUAAUUGGCUACAGCUCCCUUAUAUGGGCAGGGGCUGGACUAGUGCUAAUUGGUCCAUACUUGUGUCAAUCACCAUUACAAAGGAUUGUGGGUAACACGUGACCCAAGGACCUCUAAAGGUCCUCCAACAUACCAUAUAGGAUAUUAACAUGGUCACAUGACCGAAGGUCCUGCGACGCUAAACAAGAUGGAUUCAGUGACUGAGAACCCGUCCACCACAAGAUUCCGGGAAUAUCUUAGGAUCCAGAGUGUGCAGCCACAGCCUGACUAUGAUGGAAUUGUGCGGUUCCUCUUUAAGAUGGCAGAUGAGAUUGGUCUGGAGAAGAAGACACUGGAAUUUUCUCCCGGUCGAACAAUAGUGAUCCUUACCUGGAGAGGGACGCAGCCACAGCUGAAAUCUGUCAUUCUUAACUCCCAUACAGAUGUGGUUCCAGUGUUUGAGGAGUUCUGGACGUAUCCACCAUUUGCUGCCCAUAAAGACAAAGAUGGAAAUAUCUAUGCAAGAGGAGCACAGGAUAUGAAAUCUGUUACCAUACAAUAUAUAGAAGCUAUCCGGCAAAUUAAAUCUGAGGGGCAGCAAUUCCCACGCACCAUACAUCUCACGAUGGUACCAGAUGAGGAAAUAGGAGGUCAGAUGGGGAUGGAACUCUUCGUGAAACACCCUGAAUUCCACGCACUGAAUCCUGGAAUUACACUUGAUGAAGGUCUUGCAAACCCCAGAGAUGAAUUUAGUGUUUUCUAUGGAGAAAAAUGCAUGUGGUGGAUCACAAUUCACUGCAGGGGAGAUCCUGGACAUGGCUCUCGCUUCAUAGAGAAUACGGCUGCUGCUAAAUUGCACUCCGUAAUAACAAGUUUCCUAGACUUCAGGGAAAAGGAGAAAAAAAGACUUGAGUCUAACUCUGGCCUGACACUUGGAGAUGUCACUACAGUAAACCUAACAAAAGUGAAUGGAGGUGUUUCCUGCAAUGUGAUUCCCACUGAGAUGUCUGUAACUUUCGACAUUCGUAUACCACCCACUGUGGAUUUAAAGGAGUUUGAGCUGCAGAUAGAAAGUUGGUGCCGUGAGGCUGGAGAGCAAAUCACCAUUGAGUAUCAUCAAAAAUUAAUGAACCAGAAAAUGACAACCCCAGAAGACUCCGACCCCUGGUGGAAAGCAUUCAGUGACCCCUGCAAAGAGAUGGGUUUAGAGCUAAAGGCUGAAAUCUUUCCUGCUUCCACUGACAGUUAUUUUAUAAGAACGGCUGGAUAUGAUGCAUUGGGCUUCUCCCCCAUGAACAACACCCCAAUUUUGCUUCAUGAUCACAAUGAGUAUUUAAAUGAAGACACUUUCCUUCGCGGGAUCAAGAUUUACACUCAUAUCAUUGGCUCACUGGCCAGCGUCCUGUCGCUAGCUGGAGAACAAUGAACUUAAAGGGAAUGUGUCAUUGGAAAAUGACCUAUUGUUUUAAUGUUCAAAUUAUUUUUUAAGGAUGUUUGGAAGUGAUUUUUCUAAUUCACAAUGAAAGCUACAUUUUAGGGACAGGAAUUCAUUAGGAGUUAUUGAGUCCAGGCUUUGGCCCAGGAGUUUACAGGUUGGCCAGUGUACAGUAUAGUGCGUAUUGCCAUUGUAAACAAUGGGACGCACCAAAAUGCGCUCCAAAAAUCUUAUGUGAACAAGGCCCAAGUUCUGUGUCCAUCAUUAUACGUUUAAUUGGUCAUGUCCUUUUAUUGUCCUUAGGAUGUUCGGUGAAGAAUUUGUAAUGGUUUCAUCCCAGCGCAGUAGCACGGUGAGCUGGUUGAGUUAAUGUUUGUCAUAUUGCUGCUUGUGCUGACUCAGAGUUCAAUAGAUCACACUGCAGCCGGCAUCAAUAAAUAUUUAAUAUUGUAACUCAGCACCCGACCACCAUUUACACAAACCUUAUAAAAAAAACCCUCCCUAAAUAAUGUAUUGAGACAAAGGUCACAGCUCAGUAGGUUUGCAAAGGUGGUCAUAUUGCUUGCCCCUUCAGAUCUGCCUUGUUUUCUUAGCUUAAACAAAAAAAAAAUAAUUAUAAUAAUAAUAAAUAAUAAUAAUACUAUUUAGGGUCAAAAAAAUUGGAGCUAAAAAAAAAAAACCUACCCUCAGCUGUUCAGCACUGCUGCUCUGGAGUCCCCCAGCAGUUCUCUGAUGACCUCCCCAUACACUGAGCAUGUGACACUGCAGCCCAUGACUGGCAUCAGUGGUCAUAUGGAGUCAAAAGAGAGGGAUUUAAAGUUUGACCAGGUAAGGGGACUUUCAGACCAAGUAAAAAGAGGAUGUUUACUUGUAUCUCUGAAGAUCAGCAGAUCAGAAAACCUGAGGCUGAAGUGAAAAUGAACUUUUAAAUGAAGGUCCAGCAGGGACAUAGGGGGUUGCUGUUUAGGGAACUGGUUGUCCCUGUAGCAGAGGAACAAACAGUAAGCCCGCAGGGACAUCAGAAUCAAUGAGAAGAUUGUUGUAUUGCAAAGUAAGAGAGGUUAAAAACUUAUGAUUAUCCUAAAAGUGAAGAAAAGCUGCAAAACUCACUGGAAGAUAGGGCAGGCCAUCAAUGUCUGACUGGCAUUGUGCCCUCGAACAACUGUUUGGCCGAGCUGAAGUUUCACAAUGAUUGGCCAGAAGCAAUUGGUUUAGUUCAUUGUGCAGUGGUGGUGCUGAAUUACUGCAGUGCAGAUCCUGUUCACUUCAAUGGGGCUUCUAUGCAGUAACCUGGUGCCACCAAUAAACUCACUGGUGCUCAGCCCCUGAUAAGCAUACAUGAGCACAUGGAAAUGAAUUCACCCAUCAACAACAUCUGGAAAAAUGGUACUGUGCUCUGUAUAUGAAGGAUGCUGGGUAAGAUUAAAUGUAAAGGUAACAAAAGGUAAUACCAGGUAGAAAGACAAUGUAAUAGAGCAGCAGGAAACGCUAGCAGAAUGCUUGAAUGUAUAGGGAGAGGUAUAAGCAGUAGAAAGAGAGAAGUGCUCAUGCCGCUGUACAGAACACUGGUGAGGCCUCACUUGGAGUAUUGUACGCAGUACUGGAGGCCGUAUCUCCAAAAGGAUAUAGAUACUCUAGAGAGAGUUCAAAGAAGAUACUAAACUAGCACAUGAAAUGCAGGAUAAAACGUACCAGGAAAGGUUAAAGGACCUUAACAUGUAUAGCUUGGAAGAAAGAAGAGACAGAGGGGAUAUGAUAGAGACUUUUAAAUACAUAAAGGGAAUCAACACUGUAAAGGAGGAGAAUAUAUUUAAAAGAAGAAAAACUACCAUAAGAGGACAUAGUUUUAAAUUAGAGGGGCAAAGGUUUCUGCAGUGAUAUUAGGAAGUAUUACUUUACUGAGAGAGUAGUGGAUGCAUGGAAUAGCCUUCCUGCAGAAGUGGUCGCUGCAAAUACAGUGAAGGAGUUUAAACAUGCAUGGGAUAAGCAUAAGGCUAUCCUUCAUAUAAGAUAGGGCCAGGGACUAUUGAUAGGAUUUAGAUUAUUGGGCAGACUAGAUGGGCCAAAGGGUUCUUAUCUGCCGACACAUUCUAUGUUUCUACCACCAGCACAGUGGCAGCAGUUUCCUUUUUCUCAAAGUUGCAAUGGGAGAAUAAUCCAAGAAAAAGAAUUUAUGAGUGUUCUGCCUUAAUACAGCAGAUUAGAAACAAACUGUCUACAGAUACGUGUAUAUUACAAAUUGUUUUUUCUUCUAUAGCAAAUUUCUUCUUGGGUAUUAGUCCUUAUUCACACAGUAUCAAUGCACAGUGCGUUUUUCAACUUGUUUAGCAGGACAUGACAUCAUGGUCACAUGACUUCUUUGUAUGUUCUUAAAUACAGCUGACGAAAGUUGCUAAUUAUAUCUAUGACUUAUAUCUAAGAUCCUUAAGAUUGAAACGUGUCUGUCUACCUCC